AAAUGUCUAGAGCUGGAAAGUCUAGAGACCACCAAGCCAAACCUUUUACAGAAGACUCUGAUGUCCACAGAAGUGAGGUGACUGUCCACACCACAGGGAGUGGCAGAGUAGAAACCUGAGCCCAAGUGCUAUAGAUUAAAUGUUGCUCUCUGGUGAGAUACCCCACCCCCUCAGUUCAUGUUGAAAAUGUAAUGCCUAAGGUGAUGGCAUUAGGAAGUGGGGACUUUGGGAGAUGAUUAGGUCAUGAGGGCAGAGCCCUCGUGGGAUUGGUACCUUUGUAAAAGAGGUGCCAGGGAGAUCCCUCACCCUAUCCACCAGGUGAGGGCAUAGUGAGAAGGCGCCAACUAUGAAAGUUAGAGGGCAGGGGGAAGGGGUUGUCUCACUAGAUACCAAAUCUACAGGUGCCAUCAUCUUGGACUUUCCAGCCUCUAGAACUGAUAAAUGUUUGUUUAUAAGCCACCCAGUUUAUGGUGUAUUUGUUGCAGCAGCUCUAACAGACUAAGACACCAAGUUUCCUUACUCCCCGGUGAUCAUCUGGAGGUCAAAGGUACUGCUUCUGUGGUUCCCAGGAGAAAAGUUAAUUUGGCUAAAAUACCAGUUUGGGGCAAAUUUAGAAGCAGAUGAACCAGCCUUUUGUGGUCUGAAAGCACCCUGAGGCCAGAGGCCCUAGUUCUUAGGAUGCCCUGAAUUUAGAUUAUGGGGUUGGAAGAUGAACCUGGGCCCAUCUGGGCUGCAUCCACUGCCUCUGGGUGGGUUCCACAGUGGUAGCUGAUGCCUUCAUUGCCUUAGUUUGUGGAAUGGAUAGCUGGGGCCAGGGACUGGGUCUGAGCAGCAGAGCAUUUUUCCAGUGCCUCUGCCCCUUCUAGAGGCAUAGGACAGGGUCACUGCCAUGGACGGCCCCAUGCUCCAGCUCUCUUUCCUGUGCUAGAAAAGACUGGUCACUCAGACUAGUCUGGUCUAGGGACCGGCCCUAGUCACUGCUGGCUGUUCCAAGCAGGCAAAGGACUCUGGUGGCUCCCAGUUCAGUCUUCACACCCCAGCCAGGUUCUUGCUCUCUCCUCGCUCUCGAGUCUGACUCUGGUGCUACUUCCAGCCUACCUCGAGAGAGGCAAAGCCUAGACUAGAGUCCUGAGGCAUGCUCCUUGGGGUCUUGCAACUGGCGGGACGCGAAGCCGUCAUUGCUUCUACAAUCAGUGCAUGUUCCUCGCUGACGUCAGUCAGAGCUGUCCCGGAGCUAUAUAAGGCUGGCGGCGGUCCCGGGACAGACCCCGUGUUCCCCAAGGCGCCCUCAGCACGCCCCGAGGGACAGAGACUAGAGCUCCAUCCUGCACGGUGCAGACGCUCUCCGGCACCCUGGCCGGUGGCACCAUGAAGCAGGCGGGACGCGCGGCGCUGCUGAUGGCGCUGCUGCUCCUGGCGGCGCUGCGCCCGGGGAGCAGCCAGUGGAGACCGGGGGCGGCGGCGGCCCGGGUGCAGGACCCGAGUCUGCGCUGGAGUCCCGGGGUGAGGAACCAGGGAGGCGGCGCUCGCGCGCUCCUCUUGCUGCUGGCAGAGCGCUUCCCGCACCGCGCGGGGCUCGACCGAUGGGGAGCCCGGACUGCUGGCGAGCGGCCGCGACGGGACGACCCCCCGCUGUCCAUAGACCUCACCUUCCACCUGCUGCGGACCCUGUUGGAGCUGGCGCGGACGCAGAGCCAGCGGGAGCGCGCCGAGCAGAACCGUAUCAUAUUCGACUCAGUGGGCAAGUGAUCCGCGGGGUCUGCGGCACGAAAUCCUCGACCCGCAUCCCCUACCCCUGGGGCGGGACGUGCGCGAGUGGAACUGACCCAGUCCCGGGGCUAGAGAGUCCCAGGGAUACCCUGACCGGUCUCUGCGUUACUAGUUUUUAAUAAAAGUGCUGAAGAGCC